AUGAAUUUUAUAUUUAAGGCAGUAAGUGCAUUUAACUUCAGCAGUUUUCUAUCAGGCAACAAUAAUGUUGAAAAUAAUCCAGUUGAUAAUAAAGAGAAUGGUUUUUCUAAUGAAGAUCCAUUAGCAUCUGACUAUCCUCCUCAAUACAAUGAUCAGCAACAAGAUUUUCAAGAUAGUGAACAACAACCAAAUGAUUUGGAUAGGGAUGUUGAGCAACAAAAUCCUAUAGGAGGAAAUAAUAAUUAUUUAAAUAACAGCCCACUUCAAGGCGGUAGUUAUUCAGGUAGUUAUAAGCGAACAACAACAAGAUCUUAUCCUACAAGCUAUAAUUAUUCUACCAAAAGAACAGUUGGUAGACAACCAACUAAUAGUUAUUAUACUAGAAAAAUUAAUUACUAA